CAUCUUCGGGCUGUGUUUAAGCUAUACACCGGGCCGGGAGGUUAGUAGUUGGGCGAAUGACACCAGCAAAUCCCUUCUAUCACAUCAAUUCUCCACUAGUUCUUAUUCUGUUCAGUUUGGACCUUCCUCUAUUGUAUAUUGCGACUUUGUAUGGUAAGCAGUACCCACAGAUUGCUUGUUAUUCGGCAAUGUGCCAGAGUUGCCUCGGGGGAAAAAUAAUCCUUCUAGUUGUGUGCUGGAACCCGAAUCUCUUCGGAUUUUGCUUUCUCUCACUAUGACUGAAAUAAGCUAUAAUCUCGGAAGCUCUAUAGUG